AUGGGUGCAGGCCCCGACAAGUCCUACUUCUCUGGCAAUCACUGGCUCGCCUUUUCUGUGUACCGUCUCACCUUCCUGGUGGGGAUCCCCCUCAACCUGCUGGCCCUGGUGGUCUUCGUGGGCAAGCUGCAGUGCCACCCAGUGGCCGUGGACGUGCUCCUGCUCAACCUGACCGCCUCCGACCUGUCUCCCUUUCGCAUAGUGGAGGCGGCCAGUGGCAUGCGCUGGCCCCUGCCUUUCAUCCUCUGCCCUCUCUCCGGAUUCAUCUUCUUCACUGCUGUCUAUCUCCCUGCCCUCUUCCUGACAGCCAUGAGCAUUGAGCGCUUCCUGAGCGUGGCCCACCCGCUAUGGUACAAGACCCGGCCGAGGCUGGGACAGGCGGGUCUGGUGAGUGUGGCCUGCUGGCUGCUGUCUUCUGCUCACUGCAGCGUGGUCUACAUCAUGGAAUUCUCAAGGAACUCCUCCCAUAGGCAGAAUACCAUUGAGACCUGCUACAUGGAGUUCCAGGAGGACCAGCUGGUCAUCCUCCUGCCUGUGUGGCUGGAGAUGGUUGUGGCCCUCUUUGUGCUCCCCUUGAUCAUCACAAACUGCUGCUAUAGCCGCCUGGUGUGGAUCCUCGGCAGGUGGGGCAGCCACCGCUGGCAGAGAAGGGUGGCGGGGUUGGUGGCAGCCGCACUGCUCAACUUUCUUGUCUGCUUUGGGCCUUUGCACGUGUCCCAUGUCUUGGGCUUUGUCCAGGGUGAAAGCACGGUGUGGAGGACCUACGUGAUGCUUCUCAGCACCCUGAACUCCUAUGUCAACCCCCUUGUCUACUCCUCCAGGUUCCAAGCCAACUUUCACGGGGUGCUGAGGAGGCUGUGUGGGCUCUGGGGCCAGUGGCAGCAGGAGGGCAGCUUGGAGCUGAAGGAGCAGAAGGGAGGGGAGGGGCACAAGGAGGACCUCACAGAAGAAAGGAAGAGUAGUGGACUAUAGCAGGGCUGUGGAACUGGUGGCCAGGUGGCCUGUGCUGAAAGCUAG